AUGGAGCUGCUGUUUCUGGAGAGAGCCGCUCCUCGGGACGGAGCGGGCAGCGCGGGCGUCGCGGAGCUGGCGAGCGGCGGGAAUGCGGGUGCCGAGGGGCCCGGGAGGGCCGGGCCGCUGCGAGACGAGACCCUGGGCGUGGCGUCCGUGCCCUCGCUGUGGAGGGUCGCGCAGGGCAUCCGCGGGGAGACGAAAAGUUGCCAGACAGCCAGCAUCGCCACUGCCGAAGUGUCCACCCAGGCCCGGAAGCAUGCAGACGCCGAGGUGCAGACGGAGGCCCCCGAGCCGGUGGCCGUGCUGCCCCUGCCCCGGCACCACAGCCCGCGGCUGGCGGCCUUCCUGCGCAGGGUGGAGGCCAUGGUCAUCCGGGAGCUGAACAAGAACUGGCAGAGCCAUGCCUUCGACGGCUUCGAGGUGAACUGGACCGAGCCGCAGCAGACGGUGUCGUGUCUGCACACGCUGUGCUACCCGCCGGCCCAGGCGCAGGGGCUGCACGUGACCAGCGUUUCCUGGAAUGCCACGGGCUCCGUGCUGGCCUGUGCCUAUGGCCGGCUGGACGAUGGGGACUGGAGCACGCUCAAGUCCUUCGUGUGCGCCUGGAACCUGGACCGGCGAGGUCUGAACCCCCAGCAGCCCCUGGCGGUGGUGGAGGUGCCCAGCUCCGUCAUGUGCCUGGCCUUCCACCCCACGCAGCCCGCCCACGUCGCAGGAGGGCUGUACAGUGGGGAGGUGCUGGUGUGGGACAUGAGCCGGCCCGAGGACCCCCUGCUGUGGCGCACGGGCCUGACUGACGACACCCACACGGACCCGGUGUACCAGGUGCUCUGGCUGCCGGAGCUCCAGCACAGCCACCGCUUCCAGGUGCUGAGCGUGGCCACGGACGGGAAGGUGCUGCUCUGGCAGGGGGUCGGGGCCGGCCAGCUGCAGCUCACCGAGGGCUUCGCCGUGGUCGUGCAGCAGUUGCCACGGAGCAGCAAGCUCAAGAAGCCCUCCCGGGGUGAGACCGAGGUGGGCGCCACUGCCGUGUCCUUCUCCAGCUUCGACCCCAGCCUGUUCGUUCUGGCCACGGAAGGCGGCUUCCCCAUCAAGUGCUCGCUGGCCGCGGAGGAGGCGGCGCUCACGCGCAUGCCCAGCUCUGUGCCCCUGCGGGCCCCCGCGCAGUUCACCUUCUCUCCCCACGGGGGCCCCAUCUACUCCGUGAGCUGCUCCCCCUUCCACAGGAACCUCUUCCUGAGCGCAGGGACGGACGGCCACGUCCACCUCUACUCCAUGCUGCAGGCGCAGCCCCUCACCUCGCUGCAGCUCUCCCACAAGUACCUGUUCGCCGUGCGCUGGUCCCCCGUGCGCCCCCUGGUGUUCGCAGCUGCCUCUGGGGACGGGGAUGUGCAGCUGUUCGAUCUCCAGAAAAGCUCUCAGAAGCCCACGGCGUCCAUCACACAGACCCACGACGGGAGCCCCGUGUACUGCCUGGAGUUCAACAGCCAGCAGACGCGGCUCCUGGCUGCUGGUGACGCCAAGGGCGCGGUGAAGGUGUGGCAGCUGAGCUCGGCCUUCACGGAGCAGGGGCCUCGGGAGACGGAGGACUUGGACCGGCUGGCCUCGGAGAUAGCCACCUGAGGGCGGGCGGGGGAGAGGCGCGGCCGAGCCAAAUGAAGAGACAUUGCUGGGGGAGAGUCGAGUCCUUUAUUGUCUUUUACAUGAAA